AUAUACAAUGCGAUUGACUGGAAGAGAGCUUAGAGUUAGUCGGAUGCUUAAUAUUUUAAUUAUUGCAUGACGUUCCGCUGACGUAGUGAUCAUACCAAAUGAGCUCUACUUAUGUUUCCAGUCUAACAUUGACUUGAGCAGAACGGACCUGAGCAUCAGUCGUCAGCACCCUGGACAGCGAACGUGAAGCUCCGUCUUCCAGAAGCGUGACUCCCGCUCUGGAUAUGCGCCCUCGCAUCAUGGGGCGCUGCGGGCUUUAGUUCGGUUCUCGAGCAAUGACAGCUGCGAUGUGCCCUUAAUGGCAAAAUAUCCAGAGUUACAUUCAGCAUGAAGGCUGCGCACGGGACUGAGCGAAUAGAAGACUCAAAGGCAAAACUUCCAUAGGACCGACGCUUGUUCAGAGUUGCAAAAUUCUAAGACUUUUACGCCGCGCACCAUGGGGAUAAGACACCUCCUGUUACUUCUGAUUUAUCUGGAUCCGUUGAGCGUGCUGAGUGCAGCCACGGGGGGUAAAAAACCCAAGCAGACGACCAGGAAGGCUCCCAAAGCCACAGCCGCGCCGACGGUCGUAACGCUGCCGAAGACGCCGCAGCCAGCGCCGGCCAGCAACCACGACACCUGCCUGGGUUAUUACGACGUCAGCGGGCAAUAUGACAAAAUGUUCGAAUGUAACAACACGGCUCACCGCUAUUGUUGCGGGACGUGCUACUUGCGCUUUUGCUGCGAGUAUAAGAAAGACAGACUGGAUCAAAAAGCGUGCAAGAACUACCAAUCCCCGCAGUGGGUGGAGACGGCUGCCCCGUCCCCGGUACCGACGGGGGUGACUUUUGACGGUAUGGACCAGACCAAUACGGCGGUCUAUAUCACCUGUGGGAUCAUAGCCUUCAUCAUAGUAAUGGGAGUGUCGGCCAAAGUUGCUUAUGAUAAAGCCACAGAACCACCACAAGAGAUGAAUAUACACAGGGCUCUUGCUGACAUCCUAAGGCAACAGGGGCCCAUUCCCAUUUCUCAAUAUGACUGCGAAAACUUUGCAGCGAUGAACGGCUCGUCCAAAGAUAACACACCAGUCAGAACCUCAUCCAAGAACCACUACACUCCUGUUCACAGCUCCAAAUCCAACCACGGUCACUAUGGGAAGGAGAGUGCGCGGAGCAGCGGGGGUGCGGACCUACACAACUUCAUCUCUUCUGGCUUUGUGACGUUGGGGCGAGGUCCUCAGAAAGGAGAAAAACAUUGGCCGGUCCGCUCCCAGAGUCACCAUGGUACCCAUCAGCACAACUAUAACCAUGUGGCUCUAGGUAGCCCCAUUCGCACACCUAAGAAUGCCCACCGAUCAUUGAGGCGUGAAAACAAUCGGAUAAGUGGCAUCCUGACCUCGCAGACGGAGCCCUACGACCUGUCUUUUUCACGCUCCUUCCAGAGUCUGUCCCACCUGCCGCCCUCCUACGAGGCGGCCAUCAAAGCCGACCUCAACCGCUUCUCGUCCCUGAAGAAACUGACGGAUAAAGAAGUUGAGGACUACUACACUCGCAAGCGCCACCUGCCUGACCUGGCAGCUCGAGGCACUCUACCCUUGCAUGUUCUCAAAAUCAAUCAAGACCAGCAUCGGGAAAAACAACAGCUUCAGAGUCAGGUUCCGCAGUCGUCCAUCUUACAAGCGACUCCCCAGUCACAGUCCUCUCAACAGCAGUCCCAGCAAAGACAGAGACCCCGUCGUGUCCAGAGAGCCAUGUCCCAGGACCGGGUCCUUUCCCCGCAUAGAGCCCCGCAACAGGAUUACAACACAUCCUCAAACGGUAUGUCCCCAUACGGAGGCCGAAUUCUCUCCGACGAACAGUUGCUGUCCGCCGAACGGCUUCGAUCCCAGGAGAGACUCCUUCCCCAGGACCGCCAUACUUCCCAAGAUCGCCUGUACACCAAAGACCGCAUGCACUCAAAGGACCGACUUCUCUCGCAAGAUCUCUUCUACUCUAAAGACCGCCACUACUCUCAAGAACGACUCUACUCACAAGAUCGCCUGUACUCACAAGACCGCCUUCUAUCCCAAGAUCCUCUGCUCUCGCCGGACAAGCUGAUGAUGUCGCUGAAGCGCGGCAUGGUCAGCAGCAUCUCCGGUGGGUUUUACGGAAGCGACAAGUCUAUGUCGCGCGCCAUCUCCCACACAGACGUCUUCAUACCCACUACGCCUCUUAUGGAUCGCUACAAGAUGACCAAAAUGCACUCCCAUCCCAGUGCCUCUAACAACAGCGGUGGCGGAGGCAGCGCCGCCACUCAAGGAGCGGCGGCUGCCCAGCACUCAAACACGUUAGCAAUGAACCAGACUGUAUCCAAGCGGCAGGCAUUUGCUGCCAGACGGACUCACACUGUGGAGCAGCUCCACUAUGCCCCGCAGCAUCACCAGCAGCAACAACAUCCACAGCACUACCGCACAGGAAGCAAGACUGAGGUGACUGUGUAAUGGCGACUAAGGAGUGCCUGAACUGCACAGACAAAAAAAACAAACGACUGUCAUUUGCUUAGGUGUACUCACUGCUCUAUCACAGCAGAGCAGUAGUGAUUUCACUUUACUUUGACCCAUGUUCCAGGACCAAGAACAUCCACUUUGCUUAAUGUGAGAGACCGGUAAAACUAGCUACACUGUACACGACAUUCAGAUUUUAUAAAUUUGGGAGAUUCAUUCGCUGAAUAUCGCUUCAUCUCAUUCACGCGCAGGGCCUGGGCUCAUUCACCGUCCUUCAAAGCCUUGAUUGACCCCCUUUCUCCAGCCAAUGAACUUAUCUGGCAAAUCUUAAAGGGCUUUACACAGUGAAACCCAAAUUCUUCCUCGAUUUCUGAUGUGCGACACAGAUGACGAGCUUGGAUGAACCUGUAUUAACAUUAUAAAUAUAUAAAUAAAGUGAUCAAAUGUGUGCACCCUGUCCUACUCAUAACUAUAAAGCAGGGGUCCCCAACCUUUUUUGCACCACGGACAGGUGUUAUUUGGGUCUUUUUUUUUUUUUUUCACCGACCAGUGUUCUGACAAAUUUUGCAACCCAUCAAAAAUUGUAACUAUGCGUUCCCGCACAUGAGCGUAACGUUAAAAAUGGCCGCGAAUUCAGCAAUUCCAAAGUAAACACGACAAACUUUCUUUCAAGAAAGAAGUAUUAACUUAUGUUUGAUCAUGGACAGACAAGUAGAAAAGUUCUUCUCAGACACAUCCUGCCAUGUUAGCUGCACACAACUGCACACCGCUCUCUCACCGUUAACAACUUCGCUGUGUCAUUAACCCUUUAACACCUAAGCCUAUUUUGGCCGAAUUUGCAUGCAUUUGAUGUUGCCUUUAUAUUUCAAAGAAAAAAUUGUUUACAAUGGCCAAGUUGGGUCCCUUUUUUAAGGACACCUUGAACUUCAUGUCCAAACUGUUGUUUUCUUCACUGACCAAUUAUAAUCCACGUUUUGGACCCAAAAAGACAAAAAAAUCCCAAAAUAUUUUUUCAAAAUUUGUAAUGUUGAUGUCCCAUUGACAACCAAACAUGCUCGACCAAAUGUUUUGAAGUUUGAUAAUAUUUAUUCUACUUGUUAGGAUAAACAUUCAAUAGAAAAAAAUUAGAUUGAAUAGUUUUAUGUUUGACAAUUCAACACAAACAGCAAGUAUGGUCAUAGGCGUUUUUGGCCUUUACACAUACUAUGGUCAAAACGGGUCAUAUACAGUGCAAAAUGGUGAGAAUAUAUAUAUAUAUAUCAUCCAACACAAAAAGAGUUUGGAGGAUAUCUCUUUGUGAAGUAAGGUAUUAUACCCAUCACCUUAUCGAAAGUAUAUACGUACAUGCAAUCAAGCUUCUCGAAAACUCAUCUUUAUAAACGUUGAAAAGAUUAUAGUGAAGAAAAAAAUAUAUAUAACAUUGAAAAAAAAGUAUUUUAAAAAAUAUUGACAAGUAGUUCAGUUCAAUUCAAAAUUUUCUGGCAUCUGACCCAAUAAAGUUUUUUUUUUUUUUUUUGCAAACUCAAUAAAGCUUCUGCAUGAACAAGUCACGGAGCUGCGUAAUACACAACGUCACACAGCCUACUCUUUCGCCGUUUGCGCGCUGCUGUCAGCCUGUCACUUCUACUCACCGAGACGCCAACUCAUCCCAGGAAAACAACGACAAAUACGGCUCAUCUUCUUCCUUGAGUUAAUGAAAUAAUGCAUUAGCUUGCGCUAAAUUUAGUUUUAGAUUCAUUCUGAACGUUUCAAAGUCGCUCGCGCAAACCAACCGGCCGUUGCUUGCUUCGCAUGCCUCCUUUUUCUUAGUUGGCGCCUCGCUCGGAAAUUUAUUAAAAAUGUCCACAUUCGGUUCGUCCUUCUUGACAUCACAACGGCUCUUGGGAUAUGUAGACUUUUGAGCUGCUUUCGGUUUUGAAAAAGGACAAGAAAUGAUGGAAAUAUGGAGAUAGAUACAUGGUCCAUGCAGCGUUUUAAUACAUAUUUAUGAGUGCAAUAAAACUAUAAAACUCAAACGACAUUAUCUCCCGUUUUUCUUGGUCGAUGGACUUCAAAUAAAAACUGGUGUGGACAUCAACUUCCGUACUUUCAAAUGAGAACAACCAGCGGCACGUGGGAUAUGUAGUCUUUUGUGCUGCUUUCGGUUUUGAAAAAGGACAAGAAAUGAUGGAAAUAUGGAGAUAGAUACAUGGUCCAUGCAGCGUUUUAAUACAUAUUUAUGAGUGCAAUAAAACUAUAAAACUCAAACGACAUUAUCUCCCGUUUUUCUUGGUCGAUGGACUUCAAAUAAAAACUGGUGUGGACAUCAACUUCCGUACUUUCAAAUGAGACCAACCAGCGGCACGUGGGUGACGUAAUUACAGUGUGACGAAGCUUCAAAGACGACAUGCGUAAACGCGUCGCUGCCGACACGUUUGGUGUUAAAGGGGUAAGCAUUAAUUAGGAAGCCCGCUUCACAAAGAUACGAUGUCGGAAAUUGUAGCAAGGUUUUCAGUGCUCUUGUAGCGAUGUCUGGAUAUUCCGGAAUGACUUUAAUCCAGAACCUCGGUAGAGUUGUUGUCUCAAAUGUACGUUUAAGGUCGCUGUCAUUUGCAAUCUCUACAAGCUGAUCCUCCUGUUGCACAGACAUGCUCGAAUCACUCGGUUUAUUCACAAACGGGUCACAAAUCCAUUCCUUCGCAGUUCGUGGGUCUUUGAGGUUGUGGGCUCAUCUUCUGGCUCGUCGGGUGCCCUUUUCGCCGUAAAAAAAUCUCUCCAAAGACGUCUGUUUUCCAGUCAUCUUCGCUAAUUAUUUCCGGGAACAAAUGUGCUGCGCCCGUAGCCUAGUCAUACCUUAUUAUCGAGGACAAGCGCACAUAGAUAUAUAUAAAAAACAAGAUUACUGCUAGCAGUCCAAUCAAUGGAUUUCUAUGACGGCAUUCUAAUCUAUCCUGUAGUAUUAUAUCCAGAGUAGACAGGGAUAUCGGUGUGUUAAGCAGGGGCACAGGGUUAAUUCGGCCAGAAUGCGGUCGUUAAUUAUUAUUUCUGUGUGGCCCGGUGGAUGGGGACCCCUGCUAUAAGGCAUCUCAAAGAGAGAAGCUGAAAUGGAUGUUAUUUGCACUCUCAGGUGCCUCUAACAGAUGUUCCAUUUUGAGAAAUGAAGAGGUUAUGUGGGUUACAAAGCACAAUCAUUGAGUUUUUAGUGAUGGCUAGCGUUUUUUUUUAUAGCAAGCAAACCAUGACGACGAUAUAUUUUGGGGUUUUUGCCGCUUUGAGUAGAUGAUUGUAAAUAAGCUUUGAUAGAGACAUUAUCCUUGACAGAUCUGCAAUUGAAUGGACUUCAUGUUAGACUGUCUGUUUUAAAUAGAUUCUUUAAAAGAACUAAAAAUGAUCACUGUUUUGUGAGUUCAGAUUAGAAACCCACUUAACCAAGUAUUUUGACAGGAAAAACUAAUAUACUGUGUGUGUCUUUGCAAAGCUGUUUGUAGGGAGAGAGGAAUGACUGUGUGAUGAUUACAAAAUAUAUAUAUAUAUACUGUAUACACCACUGUUCAUACUUGGAUGUGUACUGUGUUCCAUUGACAUGGCUGAAGUUGAACAUCAUGGACAUGGAUUAUAAUGCCUGUAGGGACAAAUAAACAUCCAUAUUUUUCUAAACAUUUAAUAUUGUUACUUCAGGACAAUCUGUUUCGUGUGUCUGUUGUCUUUAUUUGCACCACGUUAGUGCAGAAUGACACAUAUGCAAAGAUUUCUGGGUUCUAAAUUUAUAUUCAUGAUCUUCACCUGUUUUUAUUCAAUGAGAACAAGUUAUUUUAAAUCCAUUCACUUCAACUGGAGUCACAUCUUAUGACCUUAUAGUGUGUCUAUGGACACACUAAGGCACAAGCUACAAUGAGCUUCUGCAUUUUGUGGACUAUAGACAAGUUUCCUGAGUGAAACUUGGGCGGCGCCAUCUUGGAAAAUUUCUGCUUCGAACUUCCGGUUUAGAAAAAAAACUCAUGAAUUGCGGUUGAAGUUAGCAGUGUGUUGACGAAGUCAAAAAUCAAAGAAACCCACUGAUUCUCCAAAAAUGGAUGGUAUAAAAGGGUCCGGAACUUACUGUGCUGUGCGUGGCUGUGCGAACUCCUGGAAGCGCCGAAAGAAAUGGUUUGAAGUAGGGUUGUUCCGAUCAUGUUUUUUUGCUCCCGAUCCGAUCCUGAUCGUUUUAGUUUGAGUAUCUGCCGAUCCCGAUAUUUCCCGAUCCGAUUGCUUUUUUUUUUUUUGCUCCCAGUUGAAUUCCAAUCAUUCCCGAUAAUUUUUCCCGAUCAUAUACAUUUUGGCAAUGCAUUAAGAAAAAA